AUGGCCAGACCCGAGCAGAAGAGCGCACUGAACAUCGUCAUGGGUGCUAUGACGUUCGGCGAGGAGGGCAAAGAAGGUGCACGCGUGCACGACCUCAAAGACGUGAAUGCCAUCCUCGACGUCUUCCAGGCGCACGGCCACUACGAGAUCGAUACCGCACGCACCUACAGCGGCGGCACGAGCGAGGAGUAUCUCGGCAAGAUCGACUGGAAGAAGCGUGGACUCGUCAUGGACACGAAGCUCUACCCCAACGCCGCGAGCACCCGCUGGCGGGGGACUGCGGGAACGCGGAUUUCGCACUCGCCCGAGGACCUUCGCAAGUUCCUUGAUGUCCAGCUGAAAGCACUCAACACCGACUCGAUCGAUAUGUGGUACCUGCACGGCCCGGAUCGCACGACGCCGUAUGAGGACACGCUCCGGGCGGUGAACGAGCUCCACAAGGAGGGCAAGUUCAAGCGUUUCGGCAUCUCCAACUUCAUGUCAUGGGAGGUCGCGGAGAUGGUGGGCAUCUGCAAGACGAACGGGUACAUCCAGCCGACCGCGUACCAGGGCAUCUACAACGCGAUCCACAGAAAAGUCGAGCCGGAGCUCUUUCCAUGCCUGCGCAAGUUUGGCAUCGCGUUCUACGAGUUCAACCCGCUCGGCGGCGGCUUCUUCACCGGCCGCUACCGCUCCCUCGAGGACGCCGUAGAGCCCGGCUCGCGCUUCGACCCGAACAAGGGCCAAGGCCAGAACUACCGCGCGCGGUACUGGAAGGAGCCGUACUUCCGCGCGCUCGCCGCGAUCGAGGCCGUCACGCAGAAGCACGGCCUCACGCUCGCCGAGGUCGCGCUCCGCUGGAUCUCGCACCACUCGCUCAUGCGCCGCGAGCACGGCGACGCCGUCCUCAUCGGCGCGUCGAGCGUCAAGCACAUCCAGGAGAACCUGAUCGACCUCGAAAAGGGCCCGCUGCCCCAGGAGAUACUCCAGGUCCUGGACGAGGCUUGGUUGUCCGUCUCCCCGUACGCGACCGAGUACUUCCAUUAA